AUGUCCUUUCCGCAGCUGGGCUACCCGCAGUACCUGAGCGCCGCGGGGCCCGGCGCCUACGGCGGCGAGCGCCCGGGGGUGCUGGCUGCAGCCGCCGCCGCCGCCGCGGCAGCCGCCUCGUCGGGCCGGCCGGGGGCGGCGGAGUUGGGCGCGGGAGCGGGGGCGGCCGCGGUCACCUCGGUGCUGGGCAUGUACGCGGCGGCCGGCCCCUACGCGGGCGCGCCCAACUACAGCGCCUUUCUGCCCUACGCCGCCGACCUCAGCCUCUUCACGCAGAUGGGUUCACAGUAUGAGCUCAAGGACAACCCCGGAGUGCACCCCGCCACCUUCGCGGCCCACACGGCGCCCGCCUACUACCCCUAUGGGCAGUUCCAGUACGGAGACCCCGGGCGGCCCAAGAACGCCACGCGGGAGAGCACCAGCACGCUCAAGGCCUGGCUCAACGAGCACCGCAAGAACCCCUACCCCACCAAGGGCGAGAAGAUCAUGCUGGCCAUCAUCACCAAGAUGACCCUCACGCAGGUCUCCACCUGGUUCGCCAACGCGCGCCGGCGCCUCAAGAAGGAGAACAAGGUGACGUGGGGCGCGCGCAGCAAGGACCAGGAAGACGGCGCUCUCUUCGGAAGCGACACGGAGGGGGACCCGGAGAAGGCCGAGGAUGACGAAGAGAUCGACCUGGAGAGCAUCGACAUCGACGAGCACGACGGCGACCAGAGCAACGAGGACGAGGAGGACAAAGCCGAGGCGCCGCGCGCGCCCGACGCGCCUGCGGCCCUCGCGCGGGACCAGGGCUCGCCGCUGGCGGCCGCCGACGCGCUCAAGCCCCCAGACUCGCCCCUGGGCCUGGCCAAGGAGCCCCCGGAGCCCGGCAGCACGCGCCUGCUGAGCCCCGGCGCUGCGGCGGCCGGCGGCCUGCAGGGCGCGCCGAACAGCAAGCCCAAGAUCUGGUCGCUGGCCGAGACGGCCACCAGCCCCGACGGUGCGCCCAAGGCCUCGCCGCCGCCGCCUUCCGGCCACCCGGGCGUCGUGCACGGGCCCCCGGCGGGCGCGCCGCUGCAGCACCCCGCCUUCCUGCCCAGCCACGGACUCUACACCUGCCACAUCGGCAAGUUCUCCAACUGGACCAACGGCGCGUUCCUCGCGCAGGGCUCGCUGCUCAACGUGCGCUCCUUCCUGGGCGUGGGCGCGCCGCACGGCCCGCACCUGUCCGCGCCGCCCCCGCCGCAGCCACCCGUCUCCGUGGCCGCGGGGGUGCUCCACGGCGACAAGGCCUCCGCCCGCAGCAGUCCCUCGCUCCCAGAGAGAGACCUCCUCCCCAGACCGGACUCGCCUGCGCAGCAGCUGAAGUCGCCCUUCCAGCCGGUGCGCGACAACUCGCUGGCCACGCAGGAAGGGACGCCGCGGAUUCUAGCAGCGCUCCCGUCGGCCUGA